AUGAAUGUUAUCAAAGGAAAACCAUACGAAAGAGAUAUAGUGUGCCAGCAAUUUAAGCUAAUGGGAAAAGAAAACUUCGCUGCUCUAACGGUCAUCAUGAGCAGCAGGAAGUAUUCCAAUGCUACAUUUGAGGAAAUACGCCAUCUAGUUAAGGCUGUAGUCUCUCUAACAGAGAAAUGCUGUGUUGAAGGAGCUGCUGCUGACUGUUACGACAAUGAGGCAUCAGCUCUGUCAGAAAAAUCUUGUGAUCCGAAGUCUCCAUUUCCAAAACACCCUGGAGUCACUGGUUGUUGUGUUCAAAAGGGUCUUGAACGAAAAUUGUGUUUAGCUGAUUUAAAACAACCUCCAAAGGAAUUCCCAACAUAUCUGGAACCAUCAAAUGAAGACCUGUGUACUGUCUUUAAGACUGAUCCUAAGCUAUUUUCUAUUAAAUUUCUCUAUGAAUACUCCAGUAAUUAUGCCCAAGCUCCAUUUCUAGUAGUCAAAAACUCUACAGAAAACUACCUAAAUAUGAUAAAAGAAUGCUGUACAGCCAAAAAAACGACACCAUGUUUUCUCAAACAGAGACUUCAGAGGCACCCAUUGCACUUACUUACUGUGAUGUCCAACAGAAUGUGCUCUCUCUUUGCAAGUUAUGGAGAAGAAAACCUAAAGUUCAGUGCUGCAGUAAUGUUCAGCCAGAAAAUUCCUUCUGCUGAGUUUAAGGAUGUCAUGCCAAUUGUUGAACAAGGCACUCGGGUGCUUGCUAAGUGCUGCAGAUCUCUUACUGAUAACUGCAUGGAAAGUGAGCUAACUGUGCACAUCAAACAAGUAUGUAAGAAGCUAUCAAAAGACACUAGAAUUACUGAAUGCUGUAAAAAAGCACCAAUCGAUACUUUCCAUUGCUUGCAUUCUAUGAGUGCUGCUGAGCCUAUCACGCUUCCAAAGCUUCAAUUGCCAUCUGGUGACCAGCUAUGUAAAAAAGGCAAGAAUCAAGAGCUUGAAAAGUACAUGUAUGAGAUAGCAAGGAGAAACACUAAGCUGCCAGAAGUGUUUGUUGAAAAGCUUUAUGAAUCUGUUACAGAGAUUGUGAAGAAGUGCUGCAGUUCAGAAAAUGCGAAUUCUUGUCUAGAUAAAAAGAAAUCACAGCUAGAUGAAGAAAUUAAAAACUAUAUCAGUGAGGGUAACGAGCUGUGUGGAGAUUAUCAUAAAUAUCCAUUCUCAGAAUUUAAGCAGAGGUUAAUUAAAGCGCUCGGCAGGAGGCUGCCUAAACUAACAUCAACCAAAGCGGAAGAGUUAGCAGAAGAGCGAGCCAACUUAGCAUCAACAUGUUGCAUAAUAAAUGCUCCCCCAGUAUACUGCAAAGAGAAGAUUAACAAGAUCAUCAGCAACACUUGUCCUCAGAAACCUUGCCAUCUUUAGAUGGUUUCCAACUAAUUUCAAGAAACAAGGAUAUAUUGAUGAAGAAAGAAAACUAUAAACUCCAAAUUCUAAAUCUUCCGAAGAAAAUUAUUUGUCCCUGUGGAUUUUUUAUAUCAUGAAGUUUAAAUAAAAAUG